AACUGAUUUUUUACACACAAAAUGUUCUCAUUUUGAAACAAAGAUAUGAAUUUCUCUAUUCUUUAUACUUUCUUUGCUAUUCGCACACACAAAGUUCUCAAUAUAUAUCCAUAUAUAUACAUAUACAUAUAUUGUCUUAAGUAGUAUAAAUCGUAACAAGCUAAACCUGCUCCACAUCAAUAUAUAAUAUCCACACAAGCUCGGAGCUAGCAUCGAAAUCGUAAUAUAUAUGUAUUUUAAUUCGAAAAAAACGCCUACAUUUAAAUUACGAGCCUUAAUAAAAUGAAAACAACACUGCGAACGGCGAAUGCAAUUGUGUUUCAUUCAAUUCGCCAGGAAAGAUGGGAAUGCAAGACUUAAAUUUAAAUUGAGUUCGCUUUGGCGCGUCAACGCGUGCGUUAUACAACACAGCUAGCUUUGUAAACAAGCUUGUAGCCCUGCCAAAUAUUUGAUUGUUUUGCAACACUGAGAUCUAACAAAAAAUCUGCAUUUCAUUGUAAAUUUUUAAAGUUGUAGCAACGAACACGAUUUUUAAAUUUUAUAACGUAAAACAAACAAUUAACAUGGAAAGCUGUGCCGUUUUGCAGGCUGCUUGUGGCGAUGUUGCCAAGAAAGAAGAAACGCCAACUGCAGAAGCAGCUGCAGCACCGGCAUCAGCUGCGCCCUUUGCCUCGCACAUGGCUCAACUGAUUGUGGGUGCCGUGCAGGUAACAUUACGUGUGCUCAAGAUGAACGGCAGCACAAUGAUACUACUCAGCAAUACAAAUGCUGAGCGAAUGGAUGAAUUUGCCAUGGCGAUGCCAUCCCGUCCGCCCAGCACGCAAAUUGUCUCCACAACAUUUCUUGGCGAGAGUGGACAAAGCGAUUCUGUGGUGUUGGCCAACAAGCUGGCCAAGCGCUAUGGCCGCCAAUUCUACGUGAGCUUCAACCUGCAGAUGGACAGCGUUACACAUGCCCAAUUCGAGGCUGCCUUGGUCAACUAUAUGAAACAGAACCUGGAGAUGUUCGUGUGAGGCUGCUGUGGUUGCUGCUGCUGUGACUGCUGUCCUAUGUACCUCAAUAUGUAUUUAUAAUUGUGAUUAAAAACAGGCAAAUGUAUUGCACUUAUUUAU